CUGAAUCACUCAUUUCACUCUUAUCAUCUCGCUCUUUCUCUCUAACACAGCUCCGACGCCAUGCCUGGACCCGUCGUCGAAGAGACUGAAGCCGAGAAGAAGCUUCUGGAUGAGCCAUUGGUGGAGGACGUGAAGGAAGAUGAGGAUCAUGAUGAUGAUUUGGAUGAUUCCGACGAUGAAGAGGAUGACAAGGACGACGGAACGCUAGCUGGAACUGAAGGUUCCAAACAAAGCAGAAGUGAGAAAAAGAGCCGUAAGGCCAUGCUGAAGCUCGGCAUGAAGCCUGUUCUUGGUGUCAGCAGAGUCACAAUUAAGAGAACUAAAAACAUAUUGUUUUUCAUCUCGAAACCUGACGUCUUCAAGAGCCCGAAUUCCGAGACCUAUGUCAUCUUCGGAGAGGCCAAGAUCGAGGACUUGAGCUCUCAGCUCCAGACCCAGGCUGCUGAACAGUUCAGGGUGCCGGACAUUCGCUCUGUGAUGGGCAAGUCAGAACUGGCUGCUGCACCUGAAUCUGCACCUGAAGAAGAGGUCGAUGAGACGGGUGUCGAGCCUCGUGACAUCGAUCUGGUCAUGACCCAAGCCGGGGUGUCGAGGACCAAGGCUGUCAAUGCCCUCAAAACUCACAAUGGAGACAUUGUGAGUGCUAUCAUGGAGCUCACAACCUAGACAUUAUUAUCUUAGCCUCUUCUAUUUUUGCAUCUUGUAAUAUUUUUUUGAAUCAAUGUUACAAUCUUAGUUUUAUUAUCGUCUUGAUUCCCUGACAAUGUAUGUAUGUGGUUUAAGUAAUGAAAAUUUACCCUUCAUUUUUCCGAAUUUUUAA